AAUAAUUUUGUAUGUAGUUGUAAAGUAUGAUGAUUCAUAACCUUAAACCGGAGCAAAGAGACAAGCGAGAAUAGCAGUGUGGUCUCUCUCUCACUCCAACUCUAACCACAGAGACAACAAUUCAACAACGUUGCUUCGACGACAAUGGAAUCUGCGCUUACAGCUUCUAACUGGAACCGUUCUUUGAUUCGGAUUCGCCACACUAGGCCACGCUUCGUUGCCACUCGCCCCACAGCAAUACGGUGCUCCAUCAACUCGUAUCGCUUGUCCAACCUCACUCCCUCUGAGCUUCAGAGCCUCAAGAGCCGACCUCGUAUCGAUUUCUCUUCCAUUUUCAGUGUUGUUAACCCCAUUGUCGAUGAUGUUCACAAAAGAGGGGAUGCUGCAGUUAAAGAAUAUACUUCAAAGUUUGAUAAAGUUGAAUUGGAUAAAGUAGUUGAGGUUGUCUCGGAGCUCCCUGACCCUGUGCUUGAUCCACCUAUUAAGGAAGCUUUCGAUGUUGCCUACGACAAUAUUUAUGCAUUUCAUGCUGCUCAGAAGUCACCCGAGAAAAGUGUUGAGAACAUGAAAGGAGUCCAAUGCAAGAGAGUUGCAAGAAGUAUUAACUCCGUGGGUCUUUAUGUUCCAGGGGGAACUGCUGUAUUACCUUCAACAGCUUUGAUGCUUGCAGUUCCUGCACAAAUUGCAGGAUGUAAAACUAUUGUUCUUGCAAAUCCUCCAACUCGGGAUGGCACUACAUGCAAGGAGGUACUGUAUUGUGCAAAAAAGGCUGGGGUGACUCACAUUCUCAAAGCUGGAGGAGCACAGGCCAUAUCUGCUAUGGCUUGGGGAACAGAAACUUGUCCAAAGGUUGAAAAGAUUUUUGGCCCUGGAAACCAAUAUGUCACUGCUGCAAAAAUGAUACUUCAAAACAGUGAAGCCAUGAUUUCAAUUGACAUGCCGGCUGGUCCAUCUGAAGUUUUGGUCAUUGCAGACAAGCAUGCAAUUCCUUCUCAUGUAGCAGCUGAUUUGCUUUCCCAGGCUGAGCAUGGUCCAGAUAGUCAGGUUGUUCUUGUGAUUGUUGGAGAUGGUGUGGAUCUGAAUGCAAUACAGGAGGAACUCAGCAAGCAGUGCGAGAGUCUUCCAAGAGGCGAGUUUGCCUCCAAAGCUCUGAGCCACAGUUUUUUUGUGUAUGCACGUGAUAUGCUUGAGGCUAUCAAUUUCUCAAACUUAUAUGCACCUGAGCAUCUAAUUAUCAAUGUGAAAGAUGCAGAGAAGUGGGAGAGUUUCAUUGAGAAUGCAGGUUCUGUGUUUUUAGGGCCUUGGACACCUGAGAGUGUUGGUGAUUAUGCAAGCGGGACAAACCAUGUCCUUCCUACUUAUGGCUAUGCAAGAAUGUAUGGUGGUGUGUCAUUGGACUCCUUCCUGAAGUACAUAACUGUGCAGUCUCUUUCGGAGGAAGGUCUAAGAAGGCUUGGGCCAUAUGUAGCAACCAUGGCUGAAGUUGAAGGCCUUGAAGCCCACAAGAGAGCAGUUACCUUGAGACUUCAGGACAUAGAAGCCAGGCAGGUUUCAAGAUGAGAUGAUGCCUCAAUUCAUUGUUCUCUUUAUCUCUUGUAAGCUACUAUAGCUCUUAGUUUUUGCCAAGUCUAGGGCCAUUUUCUUGAUGAGAUUACCUAGAUUUAGGUGGCAUUAGUAGCUAGAAGUUGCCAUUUCAAGUUCAUGUAACAAUAGCUGGAUAACAAACAUAUACUAGUGCCUAAUAUGUUGGUGAUCUUUGGUUUUGAUCAAUCAAUAAUGCAUCCAUUUUUUUGGUUGCAUAAUUCAUCCAAA